GAAAUGUCACUCCCCCCCCCCCCCCCCCCCCCCCCGCCCUACACCUCUGGUUUACGUCGAGGUUUGUGUAGAACUGUUGUUUAAAGGGAUUUUUAUGUUCAAAGAGGAGUGAAAGUUAUCCAUAAUGGCGUCUCGAGCAGGUCCAAGAGCAACAGGCACAGAUGGAAGUGACUUUCAGCACCGUGAGCGGGUUGCUACACACUACCAGAUGAGUGUGGCAUUGAAGUCUGAAAUCCGGAAGCUCAACAUUGUCCACGUGCUGAUCUGGGUCCUGUUGGCUGCACAGGUGACAGUGAGCCAGUUGGGCCUGGUGUCCCACAAGGUGGUGGCGUCACCGUACCAGUGGGAGUACCCAUACCUCCUGAGCAUAAUUCCCACAGUCUUCAGCUUCUUGUCUUUGCCACGCAACAACAUCAGCUACUUGGUGGUCUCCAUGAUCAGCGCUGGCCUCUUCUGUGUGGCCCCGCUGAUCUACGGUGGCAUGGAAAUGUUCCCUGUGGCUCAGCAGCUCUACCGCCAUGGCAAAGCCUACCGUUUCAUCUUUGGCUUUUCUGCUGUGUCCGUGAUGUAUCUGGUGAUUGUCAUCGCUGUGCAAGUGCAUGGCUGGCAGAUCUACUAUAGCAAGAAGCUCCUGGACCAGUGGUUCACGACCACACAGGAGAAGAAGAAGAAAUGAGUUUGACUAAAACUAGCUUUCUCAGAUUGUCUGCUGUUUGAGCUGUGUGGAUCGAGAAAUCAAGGAGCUGAAAUGUUUUUUGGGGAAUCUUCCACUGAACUGUUGAAGAGGAGGAGAAAUAAGUUACAUGUGGUGAUUUGAGCCACGCAAGAUGCCAAAAAGUGUUUUCUGUGAGCAUCUUUUGUGUAAAUAUGAUUGUUCAAACCAGACAAAUCUCUGGAUUCUUUCUUAUUGCUGUUGUCUCGUGUACAGGAGCCAGGCUCUUCCCAGGUACAUUUGA